UGACAAACCCUUUUAAUUAGUUUAUUUUAAAUGAAAAUGUAAAUAUAACGAAAUAUUUAAUUCAAGAAACCCAAUGAAGGAAAACAGCAAAAUUUCGAAGGUAGUAUAAGCUAAUUAUGCAGCACUGGAAAAACACCUGUUCCGGCAGAUUUGAUAGCCAAAACAUGAAGAAAGCGGCGGGCUUUGUGAUUUUUCGUCGCCUUUGCGGGGAAAUACAAUACUUAUUACUAAAGGCUUCCUAUGGAGACUUUCACUGGAGCUCGCCCAAGGGUCAUGUCGACCCAGGAGAGGAUGACUUCACCACUGCGCUGCGGGAGACUAAAGAGGAAGCCGGUUACGAUGAGAAGGAUUUAAUCAUAUACAAGGACACGCCGCUGGAGCUAAACUAUCAGGUGAAGGGCAAACCGAAAAUCGUCAUCUACUGGCUGGCGGAACUCCGGAAUCCUUGCCAGGAACCCAUUCUCUCCGAGGAACACACCGCCCUUAAGUGGCUGCCCAAGGAGGCCGCAAAGGAGUGUGUGGGCUUUAAGGACAACCAAGUAAUGAUCGACCGGUUUCACGACAUGAUUCUGAAGCAGGGCAAACCGGAGUAGAUUAAAAACAUGAACACAUCAAAUAAAGUUGUAACAGUGUUGCGUAACACAGAAACUAGAAAUAAAUAAAUACCAAAAAAUACCAAGGCAAA